AUACAAUUCCAGUCUGGGCUUCUCUAGCCAUAAAAUAAACUGUAAUCGGCGUGGACGUGAUACUUAGAUGUCAGAAGAUUCUUUGUUCAGAUGGACACACUGACGUCAUUCCGAAACUCAGGUGUUCUCCUUGAAAAAAAUUAGCGUGUCUAGGAAAUUCCGUCUUGUCCUGUAAAGACUGACGUCAUCACAAAACUCUGUGUUGUUCUUCAUAGACCAACGUCACCUGAAAGCUCUGCUCCUCCUUUAAAUACUUACGUCAUCAAGAAGUUGUGCGUUUCCCUUUAAAGACUAACGUGAUCACUAAGCUUUGUGUUCACGUGAACCAGAUUACGUCACUAAAGAACACCAAACACUCCCCGUGAGAAGCUUGCAGUGGUAAAGUACUCACCACUGUCGUUUACAACUAUCUGUGGAGUGCAGCCAUGGCGUCGCCAGAGCUCCACUGGGCUGACUACAUCGUCUUCACCAGUGUCCUCCUCGUGUCUGCUUUCAUCGGACUCCUCUACGCUCUCAAGUCACGGAACGCAUCAGCCGAAGAAAUGCUUACAGAUUUGCUACAUGGCUGUUGUACUGUAUGCCCCAGCCCUAGCAUUAAGUCAAGUGACUGGCCUCUCUAUGGAAGUGUCCAUCUUGACCAUUGGCUUUAUCUGCACGCUCUACACCGCUCUGGGUGGCAUCAAAGCUGUGAUCUGGACUGACGUGUUCCAGACAGUAAUCAUCACUGGCGGGCUUCUGGCACUGUUGGGGCGGGGCACAGUGGAGGCAGGGGGCGUGUCUCAGGUGAUAGAAAAGGUGGUCAAUGGAAGCAGGGACGCUACCUACCCCACCGUGUCGUCCGGGGUGAAUGCUCUGGCUACAGUGGCGGUGGAGGAUUUCAUCAAGCCAAUCUAUUUACGCACGCGCGGUAUUGCUCUUGAAGGACGAGCAAAGUCCAUUACUGUUGUUGUUACAGCCUUGGUCUUUGGUAUGCUGACCAUCGGAGCCGCUUAUCUGUCCGGGCUGUUGAGCUCCACUCUGUUGAUUAUCGUCGUCAGCAUCUUCGGAAUGAUGGGAGGACCACUCUUAGGAAUCAUCCUGUUAGGACUUCUUUGUCCUUGGAUCAAUUCGUGGGGAGCUGGCUGUGCGCUGUUGUCCAGUCUGGUCAUCUGCAUGUGGACAGCGAUCGGCGCCAUCACCAGACCCUGGCCUAAAGCAAUGUUCGACAAUUCUACAAACACGACAGUAGUGGUCAACCCGCCACGGAAUCUACUUUUGACCUGGAGAAAUCGCCACAGCACAACAAAGCUUUCCACGCGUCGGCUGGUACUUAUGGGACUGCAAAUAGCCACAUUUGAUGUGUGACAGAACACGUCAGGUUGGGUGAGGAUGGGGAUUUGGGGGGGAG